UUUUUUUUUGUUCCUGGAUAUUUUCGUAUUUGAUUGACGCAACUUACUUCAACUUGUGUGUUCAUUGUGUUUAAGCAACACAACAACAAAUAACUUACUGUGAUUUCAUAGAGUGGAUAACCAACAAAAAAAGGAUUACGCAAAAUGUCAAGGAUACCAUCUUUACUGUUGUUCGUCACUUUUGGAAUAUAUGCAAACGCCCGUUCCCUGCUUCCAUUGAAUCUAAAUCAAGCCACAGCACAAUUGGUGCAGCAGCAGAUUCAAGGAUCACAAGAAAAUGCAAUCGGAGCCAGAAUCAUAUCGUCGGAGGAUUAUGAUAAUAAUCCGCAAUAUAGUUUUUCGUAUGACGUCAAGGACGCAGUGACAGGCGAUGAUAAGCAGCAGGAAGAGAAGAGAGAUGGUGAUUUGGUUCGCGGACAGUACUCUCUUGUGGAACCAGAUGGCACUCGACGAAUUGUCGAAUAUACCGCUGAUUCCAUCAACGGAUUCAAUGCAGUUGUCUCAAAGCAAGUUGCCGAACCAGUUACUCUAUCUCCAAUCCAAGUUGUUCAAGCCCAGGCUCAAGCUCGUGUCGAUGCUGCCCAAGCUCAAGCCGAGGCCCAAGCUUCAGCUGCUAUUGCCAGAGCUCAAGCUGAAGCUCAAGCACAGGCCGAUGCUGCUGCUGCUCAAGCUCAAGCCGCUGCUGAAGCUCAGGCUGCGGCUAUUGCUGCUGCACAGGCUGAAAGUGCAGCCCAGGCUCAAGCGGAAGCUCGUGUUCAGGCUCAACAAAUCAUCGAACAAUUCCAACAACAAAUGCAAGAAGAACUUCAGCAACGUCGUCAACUCCAACAGCAACAGUCUCAGCCAAUUCAAACAUCCACUCUUCAGAGCCAGGAUCGUAUCUCCAGUAGCCAGGCUUUGCUUCUAUCUCAAGACCUUCCAACCCAAAUUUUAGGACAAACUGUUCAUUCGAGUGUAAUUGCACAUCCACCAACUUUGAUCACCCGUAACCCAACUACCAAUGUCUUCGCCAAGUCUUCGGAUAUUGCUGCCUUGGAUAGAAAUAACCGGCGAACAAUUAUCAUUGAACGGUUGCCUCAGCCAAAGACUAUCAUUAACCGACCACCGACUGCUACCAUUCAAACCCAGCUUAUUCAGUCUCCUUUGGUGAUAACAAGACUGAAUAACGGUAUUGGAACUCGUGCUGGACAGAUUUUGACACUUGAUACUGGAAAGAGUAUCAGUUCAACAAUUACCACAAGUUUGAGCAGUUCGAUUGGAAGCAGAAGUGGACCAGCAACUACCACCACAACUACGACUGAAAAUCCAACUAGUAACGGAAAUGGCAAUUCAAGCUCUGAACGAAAGGAAUUAGAAAGUAGCCUAAAUGGUAGUGAAAAUACUUCUCGACAAAGUAGUAGUGAAAGAACAAAUGGAAAUGGUAACGGAAAUGGACAGUCACGAAAUGGAAGAAGUUUACAAUAAAAAUAACGAUCGACAACAACAUUUUGUGAUACCAAAAAAAAAAGGCAUUUUGAUAAACCCAGGACAAAUCCAGUUGACACAAUUCAUUAUUAUUGUUAUUUAUAUAAAUUAAUAAUUUAGCUCAUAGAUACUCAAUUUACAUAUAUAUUUUGUUAACAAUUUAAACAAUGUUGCUACAUUGAUAUAGAUCACGAUAUAAAGAGCACAAAAAGGAACAAAAACAACGAAAACUAUACACCACAUAUCACAACACUUAACAACGAAAAACUACAUACUAAUAACGAAACGAGCGCUCAAAAAGGAUUACAGUAAAAAUGAAUACGAGUACAAUUUAAUUUAUAAAAUAAUACUCCAAUUUAAUGAUGUUGUAUAACCAUCAGGAGAACAGCUCGCACCCAAAGCACCAUCACUGUGUUAUUG